AUGCUAGAGUUUCUCCUCACACUGCCGGAAAUCGACCUCACCCUUCGGGGCGUCGGGGGCGUCGUGUCGCUGCUCAGCACGGCCGCCGCCUUUGACAACCUGGACGCUGUGGAGAUGCUUCUCCCGCGCGUGGAUCCAAAUGAGCGCGAUAUGGACGGCUUCACGGCGCUCUUCCGCGCGGUGAAUGUGCAGAAUCCUGAUUUGGUCGAGACUCUGCUCCGUCGUCCAGGGCUGGAUCCCAACAUCAGAGGGCCCAAUGGAGCCACGGCCUUUCAAUUUGCGUGCGGUAUUGGACUGAGGGGCACAACAGAGAGUCGAGAGGUUAUGCAGCUGCUGCACGACGAUCGCCGUACCGACGUUGCAAUGCCCGACCUCGUGCGAGAGCGGAUCAGAUUCCUAGUCUGGGUCUUUUGCUUCCUCUUGUACAAGUUGAGACGCUUGAUUGGACAAAUCCGCUUGUAG